AGCCGCUGGCUUCGGUAGUGCCUCUCGUUGCUUCGGCCAAAGUGAGCGGAGGUGCAAUGCCGCGCCAAUGGGGAGGUCGGAGCGCCUAUGAGGUGAUGGGCGUGCCGGAGGAUUGCAGCCCCGCGCGGGUGCGAAAGUGCUUCCUGGAGGAAGCGAGGCGAUGGCACCCGGACAAGCGCCACAAUGACACUCCGGAGGAGCUGGCAUUCGCCCGGGCACGCUUCAUUGAGCUGCACGAGGCCUACGAGGAGCUGGAGAAGAAGAGGGUGGCGCCCAAAUCUCAGGCCUCAUCUUCUACAUCUUCCGACGAUUGGCACCGCCAGAGGUUGGAAGAGGUUGAGGAGGAGCUGCAGAAGGCUGAGAAGGCCUAUGCAGAGGAAAAGGCGGCGAGAGAAGAGAUCGAGGAGUACUUGGCAGAGCUCCGGGAGACUACGAAGAACGCGGCGAGUUACACCGAGGAGGAGCUGCAGGUGUUGAGGCAAUGGCACCACAAUGCCUUCCAGGCCCUUCUGGUGAAGCGCAAUGAGGAGUACCAAUAUCAGGCCUCCGUCGCGCGCCUGAGGCAGUGGCAGGCAGUCCUGCAGGAGCGCGAGGAGUCCGCUCCCCCGCAGUCCUGCGCUCCCUGUGAGGAGCUGAACGCGGGCUUCGGGCUCGGCGCUGCUAUUAGCUAUGUGGGCGACAGCGUGUGCCAGACCCUCGCUGAUGCCAAGAUCGGCUGGGACGAGCUGGCUGAGGACGUCGAGUCGAUCUAUGCGAGCAUCUCCGGAUUCUUCACCGCCUGGCGUGUGGUCCGGGAGGAGCGAACUUCAUAAAGGCGCUGGUGAACGCCGCUUAGGACCUCCAGAAUUGGCAGGGAGCACCAAAUCUCCCGCCGCCUGCAUGGCCAAUGAGAUCCGGAGAACCGACCAAAAAAGUCGCGAAGCCCCCGCCCUUCGGGUACCCGCAGCUUUUUUCAUGUGUGUGUGUUU